CUGUCUGCUGUUACCGAUGCUGGUUACUGGUGUACCCGGAAGAGGUCGAUUUUGUACCCAGAAAUGGUCAUAUAAUCCCGGCGCCGACGACUCUAAAACCCGCAGGAAAAACCGUAUACCGCACAUACCCGCACGACACGCCAUAUACCGCACAUACCCCGCAGCAGCCACACAAAACCACCAACGCUUGUUGACGGCCACAUUGCCCUCAAGGAUACCAAUCUCCGACAGACUCCUCCGCAGAUCGCGGCGAAAAACCAACCGCCGUGCCCGGCCCCCGGAGGCAGUUCCUAGCCACACACAACACACCUCACCCACGCACCACACGACGGUCAUCAUGCUGGGGAAUGGCAAACAUUACAAAGACGCGAAAGCCUUAAGGCUAGAUGUGGCGGCCAUGUUCUCGGCAGCUGGCCGUAGCUUUCAUUCUGGGAAGGGAGGCGGCAGGCAGAAGAAGUACAUCUGCAAUGGCGCCGCAGGAGGAUGCCAGGCGACCGUGCGCGCCUGCAGGCAGAGGUCGGGAGAGUUCAAGGUGACGUUCUUCAUCCCGGAACACAACGACUGCUCGGGCGGCAAGGUCGGAGCGAAAGCGGCUGCGCUCGAGGGCUUCGCCAGUGACGCCAUGGUCAGCAACCCGACCAUGAAAGGCACCGACCUCAAGAGGAGCCUGGAGCAGAGCACAGGACUCCGGGUCAGCUACAGCGCGGCGUCACGCCUGAAGGUCGCGGCCACGAGGGCGUCGAAGGAGCAGCUGGAGCACGGGUACCGCAUCAUGGACUCGUACUGCAAGGAGCUGGUGAAGGACUGUCCGGGAUCGGUUGCGGUGGUGGAGAGGGAGACUACCGGCAGGUUCCGCAGUGUUUUCGUCAUGCUCGGGCGAGCUGCUCACGCCGCGGUGCGAAGCCCGAUCAAGGUCGUGGGGAUGGAUGGGGGACACCUCAAGGGAGAGUGGAACGGGAUGAUGCUGACGCUGACGUGCAAGGACGCUAACAAUGAGAACAUCCACGUCGCGACGGUAAUCGGACCCAAGGAGGACACCUCCCUCUACAAGACGUUGCUACGCAACUGCAAGAAGAACCUGAAGAUGAGGGACCUGCUGGAAGACUCGAAGACAACCUUCUUCACGGACCAGCACAAGGGGGCGACCUGUGCGCUGCGGGGCGAGGCCCCGCUGGCGCAGCACCGGUACUGCUUGAGGCACCUCAUCCUAAACUUGGAGGAGAAGAUCGGCAGCAAUGCCAACUCAUGGGUAUUCUUCGCCGCCAGAGCUCCCACGAAGAAACAAUGCGAGGACAUCCUUAAGCAGCACGUGCUACCGAGCAAGCCUCGCGCCUAUGUCCAGAUCAUUGACGAUUGGAAGAGGCAUGAGUGGGCUCACUCUGGUGGGCCCCCCGACACCGCACUCCAAGACGUUGUCACGAACAACCUUUCGGAGCAAACCAAUUCGGCGGUUGGUGUCGAGCCUAGGAAGCUACCUCCAUUGGAGCUGAUUAGGAGCAUCCUCGCUGAUACCGCCAAGAAGUUCGCCCACCGUUCCACCCUCGACAAUGGCACAUGGACACCCUAUGCUGCCGCGACGUUCGAAGAUCAGAGGAAGAAGUCCGCCGGGUAAGUGACAAGAGUGGAGAAUGAACGGCCGCGUUUGGGUUUUUCUGUGUAUGGGUACGCCCUCGUGUGGUUUCGAAGAGACAACCUUGUCCCUGGAGGACUCUCCAGUACUUGCACGGACGGGUGGUGGGUUGCCGACGGGUGGGUGUUCCAUGAUAUGUUUCUAGGUGCACGCACGCUGCCGAGAUCCACAUCUACUCACAUGCACGCCUUUGCCACGCGACGUUCAUUACUCCAGGCUCGUCGCCUCCCCCACGGGCAACCAGUUCUACACGGUCGAGAACACCAACCUCGCCACCCUCAACACCCGCGGCAACAGGGUCCUGCUGAGGUGGGGCGAGCCGGGGCAGAAGACGGAGUGGUCCUGCACAUGCGGGUUCCCCGCGAGAUUCCAGAUCCCUUGCUGCGAUGUCAUUGCCGUGGCUAGAGGUGAAACGAUACUUCGCGUUCGGUCAGUCCUUCGUCGCGCGUCAGUAUCCCUUUCGGCCGCGGUCGGCAGAAACUAAGCACGCUUUAUCGCUGCUGUCAUUGCCCUCUUCUGUCGCUGUCCAUGUUGCCCCCUCUUUCAAUACACGCAGAGGAGGACAAGAUGAACGCCGUCAUGAACCUGAUGCACCCGGCCUACCGCCUACAAUACCACCGCCAGACCUACGGCGACGACGCGUACCAGGUCAUGCUGCCUGUGCCGUCCACGCUGGAGGAAGAUGACACGCUGCUACCUCCUCUCCCCGUGGAUGGUCAGGCCGGCGCUCCGAAGAAAGUCGGGCCGAAGAGGUUCAAGAGGAUCGCGGGGCGCGGGGACAAGUACGCUUCGUCGUCGUUCAACACGCGAGUUUCUGAACUCGGCCCGGCUGCAUCCGGAACCACGGCGGGUCUCUCUCUGUCGCAGGGGCGUGCCACGG